CGACGCAUCCGCAAUCUUUUGUUGGUGCUCUGCAAAUCCCACCAAAGUCUAACAAGCUUUCUAGCGCUAGACACGCUUGCAAACGCUUUCGGUACGCACGCGCCACACCUGCCGGGGUUCACGAGCGACUUGCGUCAUACCGCGUGUAUCAAGAAAGCAUUCGCGAUCAGAAGGAAUCCGGCGGCACCGUGGUCCCGGCUUGUCCCAUUGAUACAUCAGGCCCUUACCUUUCAGACUCUCACUUUCCACAGAAAUCGUGUUUUCCUUCUCCAGCCCUUCCAAGCAUCUCACACCAUUCCGUCGGCUUGCCCCACCCUGCGAACUGGUAGUCUCUCCACACGCACUUGGGCACAGCUCUGACACCAAACACACAACAAUGCCAGCCGCACUCAAGAAAGCGCUUGAGAAGCUCAAGCCAGGCAACAGCAGCCAUGGUUCUGGGGACGAGAGCGCCAUCAAGUCGCCAAGCGGGACGAAAUCGCCAGUCGGUGUUGCUGCUAAUGACAGAGCGCGGUCCCCUGCAGCGACGCCGCGAUCUUCCGGUGUCUUCGCCCACAGGCCCAGCGGUGAAUUGAAGAGGGACCAGCUUAUUUCUCCUGCAGAGAGCCGGUCAAGCUUCGACCAUGCUGGCGUCCCGCGAAAGUCCAUGACCGGUGUGUUCCACCGCGGAACGCAUAGCCCCCAUCGAGCUGGCUCAAAAGAUCGCAAACACGAGCGAAGUGGCUCCCUUGGCACCCACAGCCCCAUGCGCAUGGUCAAAGAGAAGCUUCACCUUGGGGACUCCUCCAGCGACGAGGGCGGUCCUCUCAACCGUGAUGGCGAACCCCUUUCCCGCAAUCAGCAGCGCAAGCACGAGAAGCAAGCACAGCAGGAAGAGCGCCACAAGCAGAACCAAGAAAAGGAGGCAGAGCUUGAGAGGAGAAGGAAAGAGAUGGAGGAGCAAGCUGCCGCCGAGUUGACACCCGAACAGAAGGCGAAGUACGGUAUUGUUCCUCCCAACAGCUAUGCCGGCGAGUGGAAACACCAGCAGCGCUCCAACAUCCAAGAGUUCACAGUGGAUGACGUUGGCAAGGAAGUCACUUUCCGUGCCCGCAUUCACCACUUGCGCAAAAUGAGCUCCAAGUUCGUCUUCUUCGUGUUCCGCCAGCAGCUCGCCACAGUUCAAGGUGUGCUCAUGGAGCACUCAGACAUCUCCAAGUACAUGCUGUACUGGGCAGAGCACAUCGAGGUUGAGAGCGUCGUCCUUGUCAAGGGUAUCCUACAGGCACCCAACUCCAAGCAAGGUGAGGUUACCGGUACUUCCAUCCAUGAUGUUGAGAUCUCGGUGCACGCACUGCACGUCGAAGCUGAAAUCACCGACCACCUUCCCUUCAACGUAUACGAAGCCGAAGUCACACAAGCCGACGUCGACGCCGAAGUCGCUGCGCCAGAUCACAAGGAGGGGCACAACCGCGUCAGGAUUGCAGACAGGACACGUCUGAAUAACCGUGUCAUUGACCUUCGAUCGACAGCAUCGCAAGGUAUCUUCCGCAUCCAGUCUGGCAUCUGCAAUCUCUUCCGCCAGGCUUUAGACGAACAGGGCUUUAUCGAGAUUCAUACACCCAAACUGCAAGGUGGCGCGACCGAGUCUGGUGCCAGUGUAUUCAAGGUUGAGUACUUCAGCCGUGGUGCUUUCCUGGCUCAGUCUCCCCAAUUGGCAAAGCAGAUGGCUAUCUCCGCAGACUUCGGCAAGGUAUACGAGAUCGGCCCUGUAUUCCGUGCUGAGAACAGUAACACAUACCGUCACUUGACAGAGUACACUGGUCUCGAUCUCGAAAUGCAGAUCGACGAGCACUACCAUGAGGUCCUCCGUGUCCUUGACCGCACAUUUAAGACGAUCUUCAAGGGGAUCUACGAGCGUUACCGUCCAGAAAUUGAGGUCAUCAAGAAGCAUUUUCCUCACGAGGACUUGGUCUGGCUGGACCAGACCCCUAUCAUCCCAUUCGCUGAGGGCGUACGCAUGCUUAACGAGUCAGGAUGGAGAGAUGACAACGGCAAUCCUCUCGACGAGAACGAGGAUCUGGGCACAAGGGACGAAGUGCAGCUGGGCCGUGUCAUCAAGGAGAAGCUCGGCACAGACUACUACGUGCUGGACAAGUUCCCAGCCAAUGCAAGGCCUUUCUACGCCAUGGCAGAUCCCAACAACCCUGAGCUGACGAACUCCUUUGAUAUCUUCUGUCGCGGUCAGGAGAUUCUCAGUGGUGGCCAGCGUAUUCAUGACUCCAGGAUGCUGCUUAACAAGAUGGAUAAGCUGAAGAUGGAUCCCUCGACCAUGGAGGAGUACAUACAGGGAUUCCAAUGGGGUGCGCCACCUCACGGUGGUGGUGGUAUCGGUUUGGAGCGCAUCCUCAUGCUUCUGCUCAACCUUGGUAACAUUCGUCACGCAUCGAUGUUCCCUCGUGAUCCCAAGAGUUUGCCCGAGAAGCCCGUCAUCAAGCAGCUUCGUCACCCAGACGCCAGCACAAUGCACCCACCCUGGGAGGGACAAGACCGUGUCUUGGCAAAGAUCGACCUGCAGCCUAUCGAGAAACUCAUCGCCAACUACGGUGAUGCGACCAACACCUCAUGGCUGGAGCCUCGCACAGAAGUCUGGCGUGACCAGCACACUGGUGCCGCAGUUGGUUUCGUACCUCAAGAUGGCUUUGCGAUCACUGUUGGUGAUCCUCUCUGCCACGAGUCUCAAUACUUGAAGACCAUGACUGGGUACCUGAAGUACAUCAAGAAGGAGCGCAACCUCAAGCCACUCUGGCUCCUUGUUGGUGCGCCAGUAGAGGAGGUGCUCGCCACAAAGUUCAACUGGCGAACCUUCUCAGUCACUGGCGAGCAACGCGUGGACCCUGCCCAUAACCCCGCAGACAAGGACGCAGAUGUUCAACGUAAGAUUCGCCACGCCGAAAAGGAAGGCGUCAAGAUCAGCGACUACCCUAUUGGAACACCACCACCACCGGAGGUAAAGAAGCAGGUCGAUGCUCGCGUUGAGGAUUGGCUAAAGGGCCGUAAGGGUCGCCAGGUGCACUUGACUAACAUCCAUCCAUGGCAGGACGAGGAGCAUCGCCAGUACCACAUUGCUCAGACACCUGACGGCACCAUCUCUGCCUUUGUCGCAAUGGCACAGUUGUCCCCCGACCAUGGCUGGCAGGUCAAGUACUCGCUUGACUUCCCAAACGCACCCUCUGGGUCCAUUGAGUACAUCGUUACCCACGCACUCAAGGCCGUUGCCGUAGCCGGCGCCGAGUCCGUCACCUUCGGUGGAGGUGCCAGCUCCAAGUUUACCCCGGGACACAACGUCAAGGGCACUCGCGUUAAGGUGCUCAGCCGCGCGUACCACGCCAUCGCGACCGAGCUCAAGCUUACCAACAAGACCGAGUUCCGCGAGAAGCUGGGUGCCGUCGACGACCCGAGCUAUAUCUGUUACCCGCCACAUGGGCUGGGCCCGAUGGCGAUCAAGGCGAUUCUGAACUUCUUCGAGGAUGAUGAUAUGUAGACGGAGAUGUGAUGUCCUGUGUGGAGCGAAGGCAUGAUACCACAGGGCGUUGCGGCCGACGUUACGAGCUGAUGAUUGCACGUUGGCUCAUUUUCUGCUGUUGAUUGUGAGCCUGCUGAUUCUUCGUUUGAGUGGUUAUACAUAGAUAAGCCUAUUCCCUAGUACAAUACCCCUUACGCUACAACUGGGUUUUCCUGCA